GACAUUUUUCGAUUCGCUUCUUUUUUUUUUCGAAGCAUAUUCAACAAACUUAGAUCUCGAUGGUCAAGGCGUAUCUUCGAUAUGAGCCUCUCGCUGCGUUUGGCGUUAUCGCGUCAACACAGUCGAACAUUGUUUAUGACCACACUGGAAAAUAUGCAUUAUCCCCCGCUUUAGAAGAAGUGGUCAUUUGGGAUUUGAAGAAGGGCACUCAAAAUGGCAAAUGGCGAGAAUCUGGCAAUAAAUCAGAAGUAACUUGCAUCGCCAAGAGUCCGAACAAGAAAGAUUAUGCCGUAGGAUACGCCGACGGUACAAUUCGUUUAUGGAAUAUCGGUACAGCAGCAUCCACUGUUACUUUGAGCGGCCAUCGUGCUGCAGUGACCGCUUUAGCUUUCGACGAUCAAGGCACCCGUCUUGCCUCGGGAUCCAGAGACACCGAUCUCAUCGUAUGGGACAUCAUUGCCGAAUCCGGCUUGUACCGCUUAAAGGGUCAUAAAGACCAAAUCACUUGUCUCAAAUUUUUGUCAAAACCGAACGAUGCCGCCGAUGCCAUGGAAGAAGAUGUCGGUGUUUCUACCGCUGGCUAUAUUUUGUCGGCCUCAAAAGAUACCCUUUUGAAGUUGUGGGACUUGUCAGGCCAGUUUUGUCGUGAAACGCUUGUGGGUCAUCGCAGUGAAGUUUGGUCUUUCGACAUCUCCAAGGAUCAGAAGACUAUCUUGUCUGGUGGAGCCGAACCUACCGUGAAAGCCUGGAAGAUUGACUGGCACGUUCUCGGCCUGUCGCUCGAAGCACUAGAAGCAACGUCAAAAGAAGGUGCCAACGCAGCAGAAACUCAAAAGGCCAUCAGCUUAUACGGCAAUGUCCCUCGUCAGUCGCGCGAUCGAAUUGUGACUAUUCAGUUCCAUCCUUCAGGCAAAUACGUGGGCGUGCAAGCAGCCGAUAAGGCUGUGGAAAUCUAUGCCAUUCGCGAUUAUGAAUAUAUUAGAAAGAAGAUUCAGCGACGAAAGAAGAGAGCAAAGGAGAAGGGUAAAGAGAUCGAAAUCAGUGAAGAAAUCCAGGCCGAAGAUGAAUUCAGCAGUCAGACCAUUGUUCGUACACCUGCGAAAGUACGAAGUUUCGAUUUCGCUCCCGUCACGGAUGUGGAAAAGGCCGGUGGAGUUCAGUUUGCUGUUUCCUUGAACAACAAUGUUCUUGAAGUAUAUAAUGCUCCAUUGUCAAAAUCAAAGUCAGCCGAAGAAGCCGAUGAACCCGUCCGUGUCUAUUCGCUUGAUCUUCAAGGCCAUCGCUCCGACAUUAGAACAUUGGCACUUAGCUCCGAUGAUGAACUAUUAGCUUCAGCAUCCAACAAUCUUUUGAAAGUCUGGAAUGUCAAAACACGAUCUUGCAUUCGUACUUUGGAAUGUGGUUAUGCUCUGUGUAGUGCGUUCUUACCAGGCAACAGACACAUUUUGAUUGGUACCAAGACGGGUGAAUUGGAAUUGUUCGACAUUGGAUCCUCCGCUUUAUUAAGUUCGGUCAAAGCUCACGAUGGCGCAGUAUAUUCCCUUCAAGUGCGACCAGAUAAGCGGGGUUUUGUCACCGGCAGUGCGGAUAAAGAUGUCAAAUUCUGGGAUUUCGAUAUGGUGGAGAACAAGACCGGAACGGGUCCAAAACAACUCACGUUUGUUCACAUGCGAACGUUGAAAAUGUCGGAUGAAGUGUUGUGUGUACGAUACAGUCCCGAUCAAAAUCUUUUGGCAGUCUCGUUGCUUGACACCACCGUAAAAGUGUUCUAUCACGACACGCUCAAAUUCUUCUUAUCACUCUAUGGCCACAAACUGCCUGUCCUGUCGAUGGAUAUUUCCUCGGAUAACACAUUGAUCACCACGUGUUCUGCGGAUAAAAACGUAAAGAUCUGGGGUUUGGAUUUCGGUGAUUGCCAUAAAUCCAUAUUUGCGCAUCAAGAAAGCAUCAUGUCCGUGCAGUUUGUGUGGGGUACUCAUUACUUCUUCACCGUCAGCAAAGACAGGUCUAUCAAAUACUGGGAUGGUGACAAGUUUGAGAAUAUCAUGAAACUUGAAGGCCAUCACGGUGAAGUAUGGGCACUUGCGGUUGCGAAGCAUGGAUCGUUUAUUGUGACCGGUUCUCAUGACCGAUCUAUCCGUAUCUGGGAACGUACCGACGAACAGCUGUUUUUGGAGGAAGAACGCGAGAAGGAAUUGGAAGAUAUCUACGAAUCGACCUUGAUCAGUCAAAUGGAAAAAACCGGUGUUUCUGAUGAUAUGGAAGUGGACGCAGCUGGCAAACAAACCAUGGAAACUUUAAAAGCGGGUGAACGAAUCAUCGAGGCGCUCGAUAUUUCAGAUGAGGAAAGAUUAGGCUGGGAAGCUUAUGAAUCAGCAAAGGCACGUGGUUUACCCGGUCAACCACCGCAGCGAAACCCCAUUCUGCUGGCCAUGGGUGAUCUAAGUCCCGAACGCUACGUUUUAAGCGUAUUAGAAAAGAUCAAAGCCAACGAUCUCGAAGAAGCAUUAUUGAUUUUACCUUUUGCCAAGGUGACUUCCCUAUUAUCCUACAUUGAAAUUUGGGCAAAGAAGAACUGGAAUAUCAUUCUUAUAUCACGUGUACUAUUCUCCCUCAUCAAGAUUCAUCAUAAUCAGAUUGCAUCCAAUCGCGUUAUGCGACCCAUGUUGGACUCCAUUCGAUUCCACCUUCGAGCUCAGCUACAACGACAGAAGGAUAUCAUGGGCUAUAAUCGUGCCGCUUUGACCUAUUUGCAACGCGAUUGGAAAGCGAGGAACACGGCCGAUUUCUUUGCAGAAGCGCCGCCUCCUUCCGACGAAAAGAAACGAAAGUUUGUCCAGCUUACCGCAUAGAGUAUCCAAUCCAUCCAUAUCAUUGUAGAGCAUGUAUGUUAGAUAUAAAAAAGUCAAGUAAAAAAAAAAAAAGCAAAUUCCCCAAGUUGAACAUCAUUUAUGUUUUCAGUGAAUGGGC